UCUCUCUUUUUAACUAAAAAAGCUUUCUUUCUUUUUUUGUUGAAAUUUCUCUAAAGAGAGGAUUGGGAUCGAUUCUUAGGGUUUUCAAUCAAGCAAGCCAUUCGACGACGAGCUCUCAAUUUUUUUUGAGAUGAUCUCCAAUUGAAUUCAAUUUUGCCCUUUUUGAAUCUUUCGUUGCAGUAGUCUCGUUGGUGGCGCAAGCAUCGAUAUAGACUUUAGGGGAUCGCUUGUAAAAUGAGACGAUUUUUUUAAAGUUUGGUACUUUGAACUUUCCUGAAUCGAAUCGACUUUUACAGUAGAGGGUUUCUAGGGUUUGUUUUAGGGUUCUUUGUUGAUUAGUUGUAUACUAGAGAGAGAGAGAGAGAGAGAGAGAGAGAGAGAGAGAGAGAGAGAGAGAGAGUGUUUUCUUUUUUAAGCUUUCUUGGAACAUGUCUGGUGGAACUCCGGUUGGUGGUGGUGGCUACAUUAGGCAAAGACAUAGCCAAGGUUAUGCAUCUGGUGGUGAUGAUCUUGAGGAUGAUGCUUGCUCUAGGCCUCAGCCUUUUGCGUUGGAGAGUCCUAGAAGUAAAACUUGGGUUGAGAUUUUGGAGAAUGUGCUUUGGAUUGCAUCUGCUGUCUUCAUUGUCUAUUUUGGAGACAGGCACUCUAAUAUGAUACACAUUCUCCUACACGAUGCUCGGAUCAAAAGGAUGCCUUUGUAUUUCGGGAUGUUGGGAAUAGCUGUGAACAUUGUAAUCAUAAUCUACGAAAGCAUGUUAUCAUGGAGCAUGAGAAGGUUUGAUGAGAAAUGGGAACUGUGGAGUAUAUCUGCUCUGCCUUUCAUCACCCUACUCGGCCUCAUUUCAUUUGGCCUGCUCUCCUUUGCUCUGUGGCCUAUUUGGAGCUUCUUGACUCUUCCUCUUCUGUUCACAUUGUUCAUGGCAUGCCUAGUUGUGUUCCCACAUCUCAUGAUUAUAAAAUUCAGGCCUCAAUACGACGAACUGCGGAUAGAUUGAUGUGUAGAAGAGGAUGGAGAUAGGUGUAACUGGGAAAGUGAUGCCCUUAAUUUUUCUUCAGAAGUGAAUAAAUCUGAAAACUGAAGGGGAUGCGUUUGUUUUGUGUGGUGUAUAUAGAUAGAGAUAGGUGAAGAACUACUCAUUGAUGAUCUAUAGGGAUCUUUUUUUUGUUUUUCCUUUAUUGUUUUUGGUCACUGAGAUUUGUUCAUGUCUUGUUUCAUUUCUGAGUUUAGUGAAGUGAAAAAUGUUCUCUUUCGCC